UUAUUGUCUUUGUAAAAUAUAUAUCAUAGGCGCAACACGCGUCCGAACGUUAAUUGCGCUAACCCUUUUCAAACUAACGCACAAAUUUAUAUGCCAAAAACUCAACAUAAUCUCAGCUUGUCAGCUGUCAUCACUCUCACUCUUUAUUUUCUCAUUUUCUUCAUUGCUGUCUGCACGUUCCAUUUACAUUAAAAAAAAAAAAAAAAACACAGAAGAAAAACAGAGUGGUGGGAAUAUGGCAGGAGGAGGAACAACCUUAGAAUACACCCCAACAUGGGUGGUGGCUGUUGUCUGCACUGUCAUCGUUUUCAUUUCUCUUGCUGCUGAAAGAAUCCUUCAUUUCUUUGGCAAGUAUUUGAAGAAAAAGAAUCAGAAACCUCUCUUCGAGGCGUUGCAGAAGAUCAAAGAAGAGUUGAUGCUGCUGGGAUUCAUAUCACUGCUGCUGACAGUGUUCCAAGACAGGAUUGCCAAAAUCUGUGUAUCAAAGGAUUUGGCUAAUCAGUGGUUGCCUUGUGAGGAAAAGAAAGAACUAACCACGGCACACUUUCAGACCCUUUUCUCAUCCUUUCUACCUAAUGGUUCUGGCCGUCGUCUUCUUGCUGAGGCCUCUGAUCCUGCUGCCUACUGUACUUCUAAGGGAAAAGUUCCAUUGUUAUCCACCACGGCAUUGCAUCAUCUUCAUAUAUUCAUCUUCGUCCUAGCUGUUGUACAUGUAACUUUCUGUGCUCUAACCAUUCUUUUUGGAAGCACAAAGAUCCAUCAAUGGAAAAGUUGGGAGGAUUGUGCUAAGGAUGUGGAAUAUGAUCCGGAGGGAGUUGUGAAAACAAAGAUCACCCAAGUCCAAGAACAUGAUUUUAUCAGGAACCGCUUCCUUGGUAUUGGAAAGAAUUCAGAGUUACAAGGAUGGGUGUAUUCUUUUUUCAAGCAAUUCUAUGGAUCUGUGACCAAAUCGGAUUAUAUUACACUAAGACUAGGCUUCAUCAUGACUCAUUGCAGGGGAAAUCCAAAGUUUAAUUUUCACAAUUAUAUGAUGCGUGCCCUUGAAGCUGAUUUUAAGAAAGUUGUUGGGAUAAGUUGGUACCUUUGGGCAUUUGUUGUCAUUUUCCUGUUGCUGAAUUUCGUUGGUUGGCAUACGUAUUUUUGGAUAGCAUUCAUUCCCUUCAUUCUUUUACUUGCUGUUGGCACCAAGUUGGAGCAUAUAAUCACACAAUUGGCCCAAGAGGUAGCUGAGAGACAUAUAGUGGUCAAAGGGGAAUUGGUAGUUCAACCUUCAGAUAACCAUUUCUGGUUCAAUAGGCCCCGGCUCAUUCUCCGCCUUAUUCACAUUAUCCUAUUCCAAAAUUCCUUUGAAAUGGCAUUUUUCGCCUGGAUAUGGGUGCAGUACGGUUUCAACUCAUGCUUGAUGGGGCAAGUUCGUUUUAUUAUCCCCAGACUAGUUAUAGGGGUGUUUGUUCAGUUCGUCUGCAGUUAUAGUACCCUGCCGCUAUAUGCAUUUGUCACACAGAUGGGAAGUUCGUACAAGAAGGCCAUUUUCGAAGAACAUAUUCGCGAAGGGCUGGUUGGUUGGGCUCGGAAGGCAAAAAAGAACAAAAAGGGCAAUGCUUUAAAAAGGACCGCCAAUGGCUCCAGCCAAGUUGGUCCGAAAGAGGAGUCUCCUCUGGUAUUUGAGAUGGCGGAGAUAGAUGAAAAGGAGUCUGUAGUAUGACUAUAGAACUAUACAGAUUGAAUCAGAACUCUAAUAUAGAGAAUUGACAUCUUGAGAUUAGAGGUGGCAAUAUAACAUCUAUUGCAAGUGUCUAGCCUUCUAGUUUUGGUGCUGGGCUAUAUAAUGUUUUUUGGCUUAAGUAUUUGGAAAUUGCUACUUCAGUAACCAGCUGCUUUGUAGUUAUUCUUUUUCUGCCAAUCGGCUUAGAUGCAACCUCUUCUUUCAUCUGCUAAGCUGCAGCCAUUGAGGAUAAAGUCAAAAUAUCAUAUUGCUGACACAGCAUCAUACUCCAUAGUUCAAUAAUAACUAACAAUUUGUGUUCAUUAAUGCAGCUAUCCGUUUAUGUUCAUCUGAUUUUCUUCUUCCAGAAAGAGAACAUUCUUUUGGGUGUUGAAUUGCUUUAACAAUCCUUCAGUCAAACAUAUAAAAAAUUCAGA